AUGCCAUCAGUGCAGUUAUUCUUGAAAUUUUAUCUAAUAUUUGGAAGCUUUUGUAAUGUGUUAUUAGGAAUUGCUUGCAUUAUUUUAUCUUCAUAAGCAGCUAAAAUCGAUGAAAAUCUAUUUCCAGAACAAGACUAAAAAAAUUAUAAGAAAGAUUUCUGUAUUGCUUUGUAUGUCUUAGGAGGUGUCACUAUCGGAGUUGGAGCCGUAGGAUUCUACAGUUUUAUUAGGAAAUAAAAAUGCUUGUAAUCUAUUUUUAUUAUAUUUAAUAUUAUUUACUGUGCUGCAUUUUCUGCGAUUUUCGGGAUAACAAUUUAUGUAUAAAAUUAUAUCAAUAAAUAAAUGACUGAUUCUUAUUGCUAGUAAGGUGAACUCGGCGAUUACAAUACAGUUUUUCAACAACUAUAAUCGGUUUGGUGUAAUAUUGACCUAACAAAUUUAUCAGGUAGUGUGACUUGUCCUUGUUUAGCAACUAACCUUUCCUAAUGGACAACUGAAGAAUUAAAGCUAAUAAAUAGUUCUAAGUAAGCUUUUAGAUAAGAUUCAAACUGGAUUCCUAUUCCUACCACAACAAUUCUUGAGUGCAAUUUCUUUAUCUAAUAAAUAGCUGAAUAAAAAGCUAAGGAAGUUACUCUUUUAAAAGCAAUUGAAAGUAACUUUGAGUGCACAGGAAUAUGCACAGGAGAUUUAGUUUACUACUUCAACAAUAUCAACUCUGGUCGACCUGCAAAUUCAAAUGGAUGCUAUUCAUAAAUUAGAUAAAAGUUGACUGACUGGGCUUAAUACAUUUACAUAAUUUCUAUCAUCAUAGCUUGCUUUUCAUUUCUUAACAUAUUAUUUGCUCUUAUAAACUGUUGUAUUGGAAGCAAGUAAAAUCAUAUUCUAAUAUCAAAUAAUAAUACAGAAGAAGUGAAAAAUUGA